CAUGACGUCAUCACAUCGAAGUGAGGAGCCGCAGAUGGCUUCUCCUCCUCCUCCGGUCCCCAAGCCUCGAGCUCGCUACAUGAGGAACAGUCUAAGCUCCGCCUCCUCUUUGGACAGAGAUCUGAUUGAUGAGAAUCUACAGACAGUUUCCUCCAAUGGAGUUCAGCUGAGCACAGGUGAAGAUGCUUCUCCUCUCGGCGGCGUCUUCCCGUCUCUGCCCGGCGUCACUAACAUCAUUGCUGCCAACAUCCCGUCUCUGGCUGGUGUUGCCGCCUCCAUCGGUGGCUCCGACCCCCCCGCCGCCCCCUCCGCCCCUCCCUCUAUUGACAGCAUGGCUGACAGCAUCGCUGCCCACAUACCUAGCUUAGCAGGAUCUGUUAGCACUGUUGCCAGCCCAGCUGCUGCUAUGUUAAGCCCCGCCUCCUCCACCUCACCUGUACCUACUGCUAACUCAGCUGCUGCUAGCUUAGACAGUAUCGUUAGCUCGUUAGCCAACAUACCCCUUUUAGCAGGGAUCGUUAGCAGUGUGGCUAACCCUGCUGUUUGCUCCACGACGACCCCGGCCACCCCGUCCGCCCCGCCACCCACAAGUGGUAAAUGCUGCCCCCCGUCUCUGCCGACUCACACAGAUGUUGGAGCACUCUCACAGCUGGUGAUGUCAACUUUAGACCAGACUUCAGAUGUCACAUUACCUCCACUAGAGGAAGCUGCUGAGUCCACAGAGGAAGCUUUAAGCCCAUCUCCAAACACCAACAAAAAAGAGAAUCCUUACAUCACCGUGUUGGCUUGUUGGGCGAGUCAAGAGGAAGCUGACACCGAGUCCUCCAAUGAGGAGGAAGACACAGGAGCAAGCCCCGCCCCCUCUAGAGCUGAAGGACAAAUAGAACGAGAUCCUACUUCCAACCCAUCUCCAAAUACCAACAUCACUGUCGAUCUUUCAAAGCGUAUCAUCCCCACUCGACCGGCGCCGCCUCCUCCUUGUCCAGCUGACCAAUCAGGAAAGCCACAAAAACCUCUGAAACAGAAAACCCCAAGAGCGGCGACUAUUCGAGUGUCGAGGAAGAAGGGGAGCGGCGGGAGUUCGGCUCCACAGAGCGCUGUGGUCCGAAGCAGCUGGCUGGACGUCUGGAAAGGCUUCAGACAUAAUGUUUUAUGGGCAACGUUGGACGGACAACUGAUGUCACUGUGGAAGAAACGAACAGACCAUUUCAGUGAGUUGGUGUUUCAUGUCUCCAGUAUCACAAACGUGAAGAAACAAGAUAAACGAAGAUUCUCAGUUUACUUCAAGAAGAAACAUUAUGACUUCAUGGCUCACAGUGAUGAGGUUCACGACGGUUGGGUUACGUCUCUGCUGGCAUGUCGAGGCCAGCCAAGCCCCGCCCCCCCAGAUCUGCACGGACCAAUCACCAUCAAGGACCCACGGAGCCGUGCCUAUGCUGCCGUCUGGGGUCACAACCUCUGGAUUUACCCCAGCAAGGAGGGCUUCACGCUGGGCAUCGCCUCCUUCUACGUCCCCCUAAACGUGGCCUCCGUUAAACCCGCCGGGAGACACUCAUUCACCCUCAUCACUCCCUACAGGAGCUUCAGCCUGUCUGUUGAUUCGUCGAAGGAUCUGUCCAUGUGGUUGGACGGUCUGUCCUCGUCCAUCAGCAGUGCUCUGUCCUGCAGCCAGGUGGCACUGCGUCUGUGGGAGAACCCCGACAACAAGGUGUGUGGAGACUGCGGUGCUGCCAACCCUGAGUGGGCGUCGGUCAACCUGCUGCUGGUCAUCUGUCAAACCUGUGCAGGUCAGCAUCGAGCUCUGGGCAGCAACCGCUCAAAGGUGCGCAGUCUGAAGAUGGACAACAAGGUGUGGACUGAACCACUCAUACAGCUGUUUGUUGCCUAUGGUAACCGGCUGGCCAAUCAGGUGUGGGCUCCGGUAGUGCCUGCAGUGGAGCAGCUGCGCCCAGAGGCAUCUGAUGAGGAGAGGUCAAAGUUCAUCCAGGAUAAAUACAGCAGGGGGCGAUACAGACGAGUCCACGCUCUGACCUCGUCUCGCUCACUGAUGGACCAGAGGCUGCGUGAAGUCGUGUGUGGAGACAACGUGGAAGAAACGAUGUCUUUGAUCUGCUCAGGAGCAAAGGUGUGUCAGUCAGACCCUCAGAGCCCCUCCCCCAUCCUGCUGGCUGAGAGGGCGGGUCAGGCUCUGCAGACCGAGCUGCUGCGACUCAACGAGUACACAGAGGUCCCGCCUUACCUGCCCCAGUCAGCCAAUAGGAGCACUGACCCCGCCCACUCAGGUGAGGAGGAGGAGGAGCUUCAUGGUAAACUGGAGGAAGAUCGUUUUCUCUUCUCAUUGGAGAACGAGUCGGCAGCGUGCGACGUCCUCGACCUGCGAGAAGUUCUGUCUGUCUUCAUCAAACACGGAGCGGCUCAUCAGUUCGAGAUGGUGACGUUGGGCGAUCGGCUGAUCUGUGCUGCUGAUGAUGAGGAGGUUCUGUUGAGUCACAUGACCCACAUCCUGAAGGUGAUUCUGCCAGGGGGCGUGUCUUAUGCAGAGGUGGGCGGGGCCUCGGCUGUUAGUAAAGUGUGUGUGGUUGAAGUGGGCGGAGCCUCGAGUCAUUGUGACGCCUGGUUGAUACUGUGGGAGGGCGGAGUCAGCAUUCAUCCCGCCCACAAACACACACAGCAGACUUUGAGGAUGGAACUGAGCAUGCUCAGUCGCCACGAAAUGGAUCCAUCUGAAAACACCAUCACCAUGGCAACAGCAGACAGGUGUGUGUCGCUGCGUUUCGAGGAGCAGCACAGCUGUCAAUCCUGGUUCGACCACCUGCAGAGUGCUCUAACCAAUCAGAGCGCAGCACAGUGUCCCUCUGCAGCCAAUCACAGCGCAGCUCAUCAGUCUCUGUAUCCGCUGCUGGACGAGAGGUCGAGAGGUUCAGUACCACCGGCUGUGCAGCGCUGCAUCUCCCACAUCACACAGCACGGUCUGAAGGUGGAGGGCGUGUACCGUCGCUGUGGUCUGGCUACUAAAGUGAACCGAUUGGUAGAGGCUCUGAUGACAUCACCAAGCUCCGCCCCCCUGCAGAGUGACGAACAGGGCGUUUUGGACGCGGCCGCCGCCCUCAAACAAUAUGUCCGCCAGCAGGAGGCGCUGUUCCCCGAGAGAAACAGACAGGAGUGGCUGCAGGCCGCAGUGAUUUCAGAUGAACGCUCCAGGUUUUCAGCCUACCGACGGUUGCUACAGCGACUGCCUGAUGACAACCGAGCUACGCUGAACGCUCUGUUCGGACACUUCUACAUGGUCCAGAUGUUCUCUCAGGUGAAUAAGAUGUCGGCUCAGAAUCUGGCUCUGGUUCUGGUCCCAUCUCUGUUUCAGAGUCUGAACCAGGAUCUGCUGCGUCUCACCAGAGAGUUCAUCAUCCACCACACACUGCUGUUCCUGGUAAGUACACCCAGGGAGAGGAGCAGAUCACUGUCUUCUGAUGAAGAGGAGGAAGAGGAGCAGAUCACAGUCUUUGUUUCCUGGUGAACUGUUGAUGUUUUGGGACAUAAGCUCACUGUUUUACUCAUAAUCAUAAUUUCAUACAUAUUAAAUAAAAGUUUGAUGUUUUUGUAAUCAGCAUAAGAUUAAAUGAAGGUUUUAUUUCCUGUGAUCCUGCGGCGGCGGCGGCGGCGGCGGCGGCGGCGGCGGCAGCACCCCCUACAGGACUGUUUCUGGUGCGAUGUUGGGAUACCUGUGUGGGGGCGGGCACUAGAAUAAUUCAUAAUAUAACUUGUUGAUGUAUGCAGGGUUUCCACAAUAUGUCCCAAAGUUGUUGUGUUGUCAUUUAAAAGAUGUAAAAAUCAUUUAUACAUUUAGUUUGUGUCUCACUGACAGCUGAUGAACUGA